AUGUCAAAACUGAUGCUUAUCUCUGCCUUGCUAUCAGAGUGCUGUCCAUUGCAGAACAAUCAUUUCACCCUUAUUAGCCUCGAUGACAGCAUAAAUUUCGUUGAUGGCACCGAUGCAGCAGGUUCAAAAUUACAAGUUUACUUUUAUGCCGUAUUUUUUCGUUUUGCGGAAUAUUUAAUGCAUUUUGCGAUACACAUGGAUCUCUGCGAUUUUGAAUACAUUAGUUUCCACAUUAAUUCUGACGAAUUUUGUACUCAAAUCAGUCUUUCGUUAUACGGCAGGCAUCGAUUUACCGCUAGGGUGGAGAAGUUGAGUAAUCUUCAAAACUUCUGA